AUUGCAUUUGAGUUUAUUCAAACAAAUCAUCAGAAAUUUAUUCAGUGAUAAUAAGUGUUGGUCCACAUAUGGUGUUUGCAUGUGUUACUAUUACUUUGAAACAGUUAGAUGUGCCUUGAUAUUUUAAUAAGUUGUUAUUUACUGCAUUGCUAAACUAAACCGUAAGUAGAAUUUUUGAAGCAUGUCCUCAGCAAUUGACUUGCUAAAAGACUUUCGUUCUGGACCUCUGGAUCGGUAUCGAAGUCUGGCAACAUUUGAUUGGAAACAGCUUAAGGUUUUCAUUGAAGGGGAGGAAGAAUAUAAAUAUAAGCAUGAGAUAUUGAAAUUUCUGGAAAAUGAUCGUCUAUUUCAUCAUGACAACGACGACCGAACAUUAAGUGAAGAACGUCAAAGAGCACAUGCACAUUUAAAGGCAAUGCGACCUAUUUUUAACCAUGAGGAUUUAGCAUCAUUUUCACGACGAUUUCAAGCCUUUGGCUCAGCAUUAUUACACUGGAAUCACAUGUCAUCUGCUCGUGGUACCAUUCACUUCAGAUUAUUUACAAACUCUUUGCGUACUUUGGGUACUGAACGUCAUCAACAUUUUAUUCGUGAUGCUGAAGAUUUGAAAAUUAUUGGUGCUUUUGCAUUGACUGAGGUAGCACAUGGUUCAAAUACAAAAGGGAUUCGAACCACCGCAAAAUAUGAUAAAGAAACGCAAGAGUUUGUUAUAAAUACUCCAGAUUUUGAAGCUGCCAAAUGUUGGAUUGGAAACUUAGGUAAAACUGCUACUCAUGCAUGUGUUUAUGCACGAUUAAUUACGCCCGAUAAUGAAGAUCAUGGUUUAAAUGCAUUUAUUGUACCUGUUCGUAAUCCUAAUUCAAUGCUGCCAAAUCGAGGCAUAAUAAUUGGUGACCUAGGUGAAAAGAUUGGUUUACGUGGACUCGAUAAUGGUUUCAUGCUUUUUCAAAAUUAUCGUAUACCACGUGAAUAUUUGUUAAAUAAAAUCAACGAUGUAACACCAAGUGGUGAAUAUAUUUAUCAUACAGAGAAUACAAACUCAUCAAAUGAAAUAUUUAGUGUAUUAAUGGGUGGUCGAGCUAAUGUAGCCUAUUUAUCCGUUGUAUAUUUAACACAAUCGAUUGUUACUGCAAUCCGAUAUUGUGCAGUACGUAAACAAAAUGGUUCUAAUGAUAAUGAGGAUGAAAUACCUGUUAUAGAAUAUCCAACAACACAAAUACGUUUAUUGCCACAUUUAGCAUCGUGUUAUGUUUUAACAGUAUUUGGUGAAUACCUAUAUGAUACUUUGGAAUUAUUACGUAAUCAUAAGACGAAAAAUGAUAAUGAACAAAUGGUGUUAUUUGAUUUGCUAAAAGAAGUACACGCUAUUUCAUCAGCUGGUAAAUGUAUAAGCAGUUGGCUAGCACGGGACGGUAUACAAGAAUGUCGUGAAGCAUGUGGAGGUUUUGGUUAUCUGAAAGCUGCUGGUAUUGGAAUUGCUCGAGAUGAUAAUGAUGCAAAUUGUACGUUCGAAGGUGAUAAUUAUGUAUUAAUACAGCAAACAAGUAAUUGGCUUCUAAAAUAUUGGUCACGAAUUAUCGAUGGUGAAACUAUUCAAACUCCAUUACAUACAAUAGACUUUUUAAAUAAUUAUAAGAAAAUUUUACUAAUGAACUACGAUAGGUUGGUACUAAAUUCACAAACUAGAAUUGAUAAAGUUGAAGAUAUAUUUUCAAUUUAUCAAUGGUUAAUUUGUUGGUACUUAAAAAGUACAUAUGAAAAAUUAGAGAAGGAAAAAAAAUUACAUGAUACUUUUACUGCUAAAAAUAAUAUUCAAGUAUUUUUUGCGUUGCCAUUGUCAAUAGUAUUUUCACAGUAUUUGAUGUUAAAUGUUUUUGAUGAAAAAAUCAAAAGUUGUAAAGACGAUAAUUUACGAACUGUUUUAUUAAAAUUAUUUGUCUUAUAUGGUUGUUAUUCAAUAGAAAAAUACUUUGCAACACUAUUUCAAGGUGGUGCUGUUUCAAAUCCAGAAUUCAUCAAAUGUGUACAUGAAACAGUUGUAGAAACUUGUGCAAGUCUAAAAAAUGAUGCUGUAUCUCUAGCUGAUGCAAUAGCACCACCUGAUUUUUGUUUAAAUUCAGUUUUGGGCCAGUCGGAUGGAGAGAUUUAUAAAAAUAUUCAAAAACUAUUAUAUACAUCUCCAGGAACUUUUGAACGUCCUACAUGGUGGAAGGAUAUAGUUGAUUGGAAUAACUAUUGUGAAGAUUUAAAACAUUCACAGCCGUUGCCAUCAAAGUUGUAAUUCCUAUAAAACCAUCUGAAAAUUUGGAAGGCUAGAAAAACUAUUUUAUAGAAUUAAAAUAUCCCAAUUA